AGCCGAUAUACACAAAGGCAACAACAGGUUGAAUUCAUGCAUUUCUCAACCUACUAGUCAUCCUAUUUUAGAUGACGCCAAGGUCAAUUUACUACAUUUAGAGCUAUUCUAUCAUUUUUGAAGAGACAUCAAUCUAACUAUAGCGAGCACCUGCCAUCCCAGAGGCUAAUGCGCCUUCAGCCUGACAUUGAACGUUGUUUCUUUACCUUCCCUGUUCUUUGUAGCGUAGUCUUCCGUGAGCUUGCUCUCCAGCACGACUCCAGGGCCCUGGUCAUACACCACUACUUCUAUCAAGCCGCACGUAUUUUGCUUACCAGCUCGACAUCUUGGUGGGCCCGCCAAAAGAGCCGCAUCAUUGAGUCCUUAGUUCUACAAGACUUGACAUCGAGGGAGCUGCAAACGUGUAUCUUGGGAGAAGCGAGGGACGGUGAGCUAAACUGAUAACCACAACCAGGUU